AUGGCGCGAAAAUCUAGUCAAGAUCAAUCGUCGGCGGGCAUUAUCGUCGAAACAUUGAUGAAAGAAGCAAGAGAAAGAGUGGCCUGUGAUUUUCUCGAGGCUUGUGAGGGCGACGAAGCGAAGCGGGCAGUGGUACUCGAGCUCUGUAAAAAGGUACUCAGCAAUGAACAAUAUUCCAAAAUAGUAUCAGCGAAGAGAAGUGAAGAAGAUGAUAGCGAAAUUGAUGAACAGGACGAUAACGGAAACGAUGAGAGCGACGGAAGUGGUGAAAGAGACGAGGGCAGUAGCGAUGAUAGUAGCAUCCCCACUAUGAAAGACAUCAAGGGCAAACCUUACCAAGAUGGUAUUAGUGCUGAAACUGGAGAACUGCCUUUCGAAGAAUUCGAAGACUUGUUCGAGCCAGACGGAAAUCAACAGGAAAAUCAAAAGGAACAAAUGUGUAGAAGAAAACCGUCACUCAUACCAAACAAAGAUGCCAUUCGCCUAUUUGGUGCAGAAGCUGCAAAGAAGCUGGUCAACUGGCAUCACCAUGUGAAGCAUUCGGGGCAGCUAUACAGCGAAGAAUGGUUGGAAGGAAGGAUCCGUGAUCAGAAUUUGGGAACCAUCGCGAAACCAAUGCUGCUCAUAUGUCUACAACACAUUAAGAUUUCACGUGCGCCAACAGCGGUGCUAGGUAAGAUAUGCCAUGAUCUCGAAUUGCAGUCUCUGAUCAAGAAAGCUCUGGAGGUUUGGGGGGUAGCAGAUAGAUUUCCUAGAUUGUGGGCGAGGAAGCCUGCUGACCAAUAUGCACGCACGGGCGAUAUCAAAAUGUGUCGUCAAUGCGAGAUCUUUGUUGCAAGGGCUUACGUCUGCGUAACGACACUCAAACACGCAGCUGUCAGUGAUGAUCUUGGAAACAAACUAUUGUCAUGCCUCGUGGACAUGGAAAAGAACUUACCUCCGGAUUUGGCAAAGAAAAGGGCCCGAAGAAUGAGUAAAGAUUCGCCAAGGAGAAAUGGAAAAGUUUUGGGUGAAUUCAAUUCUGCUCGAGAUAUCGUCAACAGACUGGGCGAUUCCAUGAACGUCGACUACAUUUGCAAAGUUUUAAAAGGAAAGCAAAAGACCGCCUGCAACUAUAUUUGGCGAUACAAGAAAGUGUCUACGAGCACAAAUACCAUAUCGAAAGCGAGGGGCAAGCCCAAGACCAAGGAAAGGCCGGAAGAUGGCAGAAAUGGCGGCAGGGAGGACGAGGAAAUGGAUAGUCAAGUCGCCUCACUCAACAAGAGAUUAGGCAAAAGCAUUUCACCGACGAGGAAGGAAAAGGCUGGAUCUUUGACGGACAUAGCGAAAACCAAGUCAGUAACAAGAAACACUAGCAACGAAGACACUUCUGACGAUACUGAUGAUGAAUGCAAUAUUGAACAAUUAUCGCUUGAAACGGGAGAAGUUCUGGGGGAAUUCAGCAACGUUCUAGAAAUUGAGGACCGCAUCGGCCAUUUGUUGAAUGUCACAAGUCCCAGGAGUAGUAUAUUCACGGUUUUGAGAGGAGUGCAAAAAAGUGCCUGCGGAUUCGGUUGGCGUUACAAGAAAAAGUCGACUACUGCUAGAAAUAUAUCGAGUCAAACGGUCUCGUCUAAGGAAACCAAAGGUGGUAAUCGUGCGGACAGCAACAAGGGCGAUACUCAAGCUGCCUCGCCAAACAUGGGCUUGGACAGCAGCAUGUCGCCAAAGAUGAAGGAGAAGGUUGCGUCGUCGACGGACAACGCAAAAAAUAAUCUAGCAGCAACAAACACUAGCAAUGCAGACGCUUGUGACGAUACUGAUGAUGAAGGCAUUAUUGAACAAGUAUCACUUGAAACGGGAGAGGUUUUGGGGGAAUUCAGCAACGUUCUAGAAGUUGAGGACCGAAUCGGCCAUUUGUUGAAUACCACAAAUCCCAGGAAGAGAAUAAAGAUGGUUUUGAGAGGAGUGCAAAAAAGUGCCGCUGGAUUCAGUUGGCGCUACAAGAAAAAGUUGACGAGUGCUGGAAACAAAUCAAAUCAAACAAACAAGUCCAAGGAAACCAAAGGUGAUAACCUUGCGGAGGGUAGCGAGGGCGAGAAAGGCUAUAUUCGAGCUGUCUCACCAUACAAGAGACUAGACAAGACUGAACCAACACAACAACCAAUGAAGAAAAGUUCGAGCACAUUAAAGGAGGUUACAAAAAAAACAUCACCAUUAUCAAAGUCCAUGUUUGCGGAUACUGCAGGAUGGUUAUCAUAG